AUGGCUUCAAUGACAAAUACAAAUCCUUUACUUGAAUAUUUGGAAGAUGGAAAAGCUUAUGAUUUAGAAUUUGGUGAUACAUGGAAUUCAAUUAAUGAUGGAAAUUCAUCGAAAUAUGCUUAUCAUACAAUUAAAUAUGAUUUUAAACCUGCAUCUGUUGCAAAAUCUGAACAAGCUGAAUUAAGUGUUGGUUCAACACAAGAUGUUUCAAUUACAUUACCAAAUGUUGAAGGUUCAUUAACUCAAUCAACAAAAUUUUCUGGUAGUACAAAACCAUAUACACCAAAAGAAUGUUUAAUGAUAAUUGAUCCUCGUACUGGUAAAAUAAUACUUGAAAGAUUAUCAGCUAAUGUUCGAGUAAAAAAUGUUCGAGCGGAAAAUCGUCCUGUAAUUCCACCAAUACGACCUACAGUUCCACGUGUAAAUGCAACUGAUUCUCAGCCAGAUAAAAAAUCAACUAAGACAACAGUACCAUCAAUAACAACAGCAAAUAAACCAACAACAACACAUAAAAUGACAAAUCCUAGUAAACCAAUAGUUACUGCACCUGUUAAACCAAUGCCAAAUAAACCAUUAUCUCCUAUUGAUGAUCGACUUAGUGAUGAUGGAUUUUCACCAGAGCCAUCUGAACAUGUUCCAACAUAUCCAUCAAAUCCACCACCAGUACAAACACAUGUAACAGUUAGACGUUCAUCACAUGGAUCACUUGCAAAUGAUCUUCAACUUAGUGAUACGAGUGAUGAAGAAUAUUAA